AUCUCAGUCCAUCACUCUUAGAUCUAUUGGAAUUGAUCUCUUGGCUGUUUUGACUAUUGGGACCUUCUCAUCUCUGUUUCUUGCAUUCUCUCUGGCUGUGCCCUAUGCCUCGAACACUGACAAACUCCCUGACCUCAAAUGCCAGCUAGAAUCCUACCUUCUACAGAAAGCCUUCCCGAAGCCCUUAUAAUUCCUAUCUUUCCUGUAUAUAGUUUGCUUUGUAUAGAAGCCUGCAUGUUCUUUUCCACUAGACCCUGAGGGCAGGGAAUGUCUUUCCCUUUUUUUGUAUCAUCGCUUAGCAUAGUGCCUAGCACGUAGUAAUCAAUUAACUAAUUUUAUUAAGCUACAGUGCGUGAUUGAUUAUUAUUAAACUCCUAAAUAGCUUAAUAAAUGUUGAUAGAUGAGUUUUAGGUUUCUCUUCAAUACAAAUAUAUGAUCUCAUGUGGAGGUAUAGCAGUAGAACAAAACAAAACAAAACAAAAACGGUAUGAGGGUUUUAAUGAGGAAAAGGGAAGGACAAAACACAAAAGCCGCACUUCCUAAAAAGUGGAAAUAGGUUUCCACCAGGUGCCAGGCUGUUCAUAGCCCCAUUAGCCCAUUUCAACCUUGGGGAUUACGGGCAGGUGAGAACCGCUGGUGGAGAAGCGGACUGGCUCUCUAAAGGGAGUCACUAAAGGCUCUCACGCAGACUACAACAGUAGUGGAGGUUCUCGGAGCCGCCUCCAGGCACUGCUUCGGCCCGCGAGCUCAAGGGGCAGCGUCGCUUGCUGGGGCACCAGUUCCGGUCCAGCCUAACUCUGGGCCUAAGGCCCGCAGCCGGAUCCCUCCUGGGGAUGCUGCAGGGUCUCAGCCGCCAGAAAAGCCUCGGGCCACGGGAAGGCGGCGCAGAGACCCGAAAGGGGAGGUAAAAAGCCCGCUACGGCAACAACUACCACAGCAGCCGUGGCUGGGCGCGGCUAGGGAGGGGCGGACCAGCGCUGCAGUCUCCCCUCGGGCUCACUCAGCAGCCCCCUCCCCAGCCAUUCCUGUCCCUUCUCGUCUCCACUUCCGCAGCACCACAUAGGGGUAGUUGCUAGGCGGCGACAGCGGCGGCGGAAGCAAAAUGCAAGUUUGGGGCUGAAAAGGGGCCGGAGGAGGGGGCGGUCCCACUGCGCUGCGCGACCGGGCGCAGGAUGCGGCGGCCUUCCAAGCCGCAGCCGCUGCCUUCUCUAGGCCAGUGGCUGCGGCUCUUCUGGCUUCAGCCGCUGGCCUUCCUCCUCGUGGGCCUGGCGCAAGGGGAGGAGGUGGCGGCACUAUCAGCACCAUGUAGAAUUCUGAAAGAAAUGGAUAUGAUAAAGAGUUUAGAAUCAGUCUGUUACUGCUACAACCAACUUGCCCAAAUGGAGUGGAAAUACAUUUGGUCAACCAUUCAGGUGAAAAUUACCAGCUCAGACAUGCUCAGCAUUGUCUUUUUCAUGGAAGAAAAUGAUUGUCAGUAUCCAGAAACUAUCCUGGCUUUUAUCAAGUGUACGAUUCAUGCCUUUUGGAAACCAAAGGAGUCUAAUGAUAUAACCUUUAAUAUUAAUCCAUAUCAGAAGUCUUUGUGUUUUUAUGUGAAGCCUGCCAAAAACAUAUUUCCGUAUACAUUGAGGGUGAAUCGAAAUAUUGUGGAUACACAACUAUUUCUUCUAUUUGUAACAGGGAUAUUCCUUUUCUUUAAAGCAAAGACCUUGAGUAGGAGCACUGUUUUCUAUUAUUCUGCUGGAACCAUACUGGGCAUUCUUAUGACCUCAGUCUUUUUCCUGUUGCUAAUGAGAAGAUACAUUCCCAAGUAUAGCACCUUUGGGGCCCUCAUGAUUGGUUGUUGGUUCGCUUCAUUUUACCUCGUAUGCCAGUUAAUGGAAGAACUAAAAUGGCUCUGGUAUGAAAACAAAACAUAUAUCUUAGGCUACAUUCUGACCAUGGGAUCCAUCAGCUUUGCUGCCUGUUACAGACACGGGCCACUCGUCAAAGAAAGGAGUAUAAAUCUCUUGAUGCGGACGUUACAGCUUUUAUCCUUGGUCAUAAUUUACUUUGGUGUCACUACAGCCCAGGUUGCUUACACAGUGAUAGUUCUCCUGAUUUCUUCUCAGGGUCUGCAUUAUCCAGUCAGAGCGUUCUGCUGUGUGGGCAGAAAAAUCAAGGAAUAUUAUCAAUCAAAAAGACUGGUAAUUAGGCAUCUUACUGAAGAAGAAUACCGGGAGCAAACUGAAAUUGAAACAGCCAAAGCAUUGCAGAAGUUGCGAGAGUUUUGCCGUAGCACAGACUUCCCAUCAUGGUUAACCAUAUCCAGACUCCAGUCUCCAAAAAAAUUUGCAACAUUUGUUUUGGGAGGAAGUCACUUGUCACCUGAAGAAAUUAGAGCCCAUGAAGAGCAGUAUGGUAUUGGAGGCUGGUUCUUGGAAGAGCAGCUCUUUAGCUCUGGAGGUUCCCAAGAAUCCAAUCAACAAGAUGAUAACUCUCAGGAAGACGAAGUAGUUGAAAUGCAGGGGGCAUCUCAAAGGGAGGAGGCAUUAAUAGAGGGAAACUGAGGCUACAACAUUUUCCCUGGAACACAGAUGGAUCCCAAAGGAAAGGGAAAUUAAACAUUAUAAAUAUCUUUUGUGCCUGGCAAGUUCUGCUGUGCUGUAGGUGGCAAUUAAGAUUCUUUGAAAGAUUCCUUCUGAGUUUCCCAGAAUGGAAACUCCCUGGGAACAAUGGGAGACUUUCUGUUCCUCAGGAGCUUAGCCAGCAUGAAGAGGUGCCUUAUCAAUGUUGCAUUAAGUCUUCUUAAUCCUCACAGUGAAAGAGACUGUCUUCUUCCAGCAAAUCUCAGUUCUCAAGUAGAGGAAGAGACCUUUGAUAAUGUGACAAAUAAGUUUUGUACUCCAUUUUUUAUUUGAUUUUUUAAUUUGUUUUAGGUGUUUUGGAUAAAGGUUGAUAACUCUGAAAAAGGAAAACCCAUUUUCCUAAUUUUUUUAGGUUUAUUAUAAUAUUUUCAUGGAAUAUAAUGUUAUGAUAUCAGAAUUACUUUUCAUAUUUUACUUAAUGGUAAAGUUCAAAUAAUGUUUGAGCAUGUUUACAAACUUUUAAUAUUUGUAUCAUUUUUUUUUGUUGUUGUUGUUUUUUGUGAAAGUUUGGCAGAGUGGAUAGAGAACUAGCUUUUAAACAAAGAUCCAGGGUCAAGUCCCACCUUUUGCGCAUGCUGGCUAUAUGAUCUUUGACUAAUGCAACAACUUCUCAGGGCUUUAGAAAAGUCACUAAGACUGAAGAAGUCAAUCUACCUUGAUAGAGGAAGCUUCCUCACAUGGAAUUCCUUAUAUCAAUGAAAUACACUUUCUGGUCCUUACCUCAUCCUAUUUUUGUAGCAGCAUCCUAUGGAUCCAUGGGGAAAGACCUUCGUUUAUGAUUUUAUGAUAUUAAAUCAGAGAGGAAGGAAAAUAAAUGAUAAUAUUUUUAUAGUGAAGAGUUAGAAGCCUGGAACUGAAAAAAUUGUACACAGGCUAAUGGUCUAAUAGCACUUAUAUACUAUAGCAUUAAUUCCCUUUUAUUUUUUGUCCUAGACUUUUUUUCCUCUUCUAAAAUUCACAAACAUUUUGUUACGCAUUCUUAAGGAAUCAUUUCCUCUGGAAGGAAGGACAAAAGGCAGGAGUACAGUGGGGAAAAUUAAAGCUGUGUUGCAUCACUGAGCCAAGGCAGAAUAUAGUUUUAUUCUCAGUGGGUAAUGCCCAGAACUAGGGACUAAUGCAGAAAUGAAUUUUUAAAUGGCAUUUCCUCAGCAAAAUUGAAUGUUUCUUUUUAUAAAACCUUUGGGGUUUUUUGUUGAUGAUUUAAUUUUUUCCCUCAAUGACAUGUAGCAACAAUUUUUAACAUUCCUUUUUAAAAAUUUUGAUUUCCAAAUUCUCUCCCUCCCUUCUUCCCUUCUCCUGCCCUUUAUUAAAAAGAUAAGCAAGUUGAUAUAGGUUACACAUAUAUAAUCAUGCAAAACAGCUCUGGGUUAAUCAUGUUGUGAAAGAAAACAGACCAAAAAGAAGACAAAACAAAGAAAAAGUAUGCUUUGAUCUGCAUUCAGAUUCCUCAGUUCUGUCUCUAGGGAUGGAUAGCAUUUUUCAUCAUAAAUUUUUCAGAGCUAACUUGGAUCAUUGUAUUGCUGAGAAUAGUUAAAUCAUUCACCUAAACCUUUUUUUUUUUUUUAAACCAGGCAAUUUGUAAUUAGGCAAAUUAGCAUAUGUAAAAUACACUCAGUUUACUCUUUCCUGGAGUAGCAUUUGUCAGUAAACCAAAACAAAUAUUUUCUUUUCUGACAUGAUCAAUACAAUCUAUUUCAGUGUGCAUAAGCACAGAACCAUGGGAGUCUUUAUCUUAGCUUUAAACACAAAGUGAGACCUAGCAAUAUUUUACAGAUAUAUAUUCUAAUCGUAUGUUGAGAUGUCUCCUGUACCUGAAAUGAUCAUGGACAAAUACCUUGAUGGGAAUAUAUGGUAUAGUUCAGAAUAUUUGGGAUUAUGUGACCAGUCUUAGUAUUUGGAUUAUAUUAUAGUAAUUGGUAGUAUUUGGAGUAGUCUUCAUUUCACCUUCCAUCAGCCCAACAGUGCCAUAACAAUCCCUGAGACCUUAGGAAAGGGAAGCAGGACAGAAGAAUGGGUUUGAGAGGAUAGAGAGAAAGCCCUUUAGUUUCUGAGAAGCUAGUUCUAUGAAUAAUUGUUUUUAACAUUAAGAUAUGAUAACUAUUAUGGAUAACUUAUUUACACUUUUGAAAUUCUGAAAUAACAAAAAAAAUUAACAUUCGAGUACAUUUUUUAUUUUUAUCUUGAAUAAAUUUACUUUGAUUACUAUGAAAA